GUUGCAACACCUUGCAUCUCGAUCCUCAGGGUCUCAACAGCGCCAUCCCAGCUUCCCACCACAGGGUCCGUUGUGGACGGCGGCAAUACAUUUAGAAUGGCCGUACCUUGGGGGACCAUCAAGUCCCUCGUCCUCUUCUUCGGGCCCCUCCUCCUCCCCAAAGCCAUCGCCUACUACCGCCGCGUGCGCGCCGCGCCCCGAAUCCACGGACUCACAGUCCGCCCUCUCCCGCCACCCAUCUCCCGCGCCAUCUUCAUCCUCCUCGCGGUAGCCUUCGUCUUCCUCCUGCGCACACUCCCCAUCCUUUCCCCAGAAAACAUCUUCAAGGUCACUCAAUCCCGCCUCCAAAUCCCCGCCGACGUGCUCUUCACCCGGCUGUCGACCCUCAGGCCAGGCAACACCCUCACCCCGGCAGACCUGUCCCUCCGCGCCAAGUUCGCCUCGCUCGAGUCCCGCCUACUCUAUCUGCAAUAUGGCCCCUCCGCCAUAGCGACCUGCCCCUUCUGCACCUCAGACGAACCACGCUCCUACCUUUAUUAUGCCCUCCCGGACCUCCUCACCCCGCACCUCGUCAACCUCAUUACCAUCGCUCUCGCGACCUCCUCCCUCCUGACCGCCGCCUCCCCGGCCGCCACCACCUGGCGCACGCCCGCCACGCUGGCCGCCGUGGCCAUCGCCUUUGCUGACAUAUACUGGGCCUCAACCUACAACCACUCCGCCAACGCGCGCGCGCUGCGGCUAGGCGAGAUCGACUUCUUCUACUGGAUGGCGCGCACAACCCGCUAUCUCUCUCUCGCAGCGCUCGACCUCCUCCUAUCCUUGCUGCUCUACCUCUCCGGCACGCAGCGCGCCUUCGUCACGGCGCCGUCGGCAGCCGAGCGCAUCGAGAGCGCCGUGAGGGGGCUGGCGGCGGUAAAAGGGCGGAUCAACGCCGCAGGAGUGGUAAAGAACACCGUUUUGCGGGACGAGGAGCUUCGCGCGAGGGGCAAUGCGUACUGGGCGCAUGAGGUCAGGUUGAUGGGGGAGAUGAUGGAGGAGAGGGAGGUUGUGGAGGGGGUGAAGGAUGCGUUGACGAAUCGGAUUGAUAUCGCGGGGAUAGAGAGGGAUGCUGAGGUGUAUGCCAAGGCGGUUUUGAUGCCGAUUCCUAGUGGGGAAGGAGGGAUGGGGAGGGAGGAGGUGGUUGGGUGAUUCGAGGGGAAUGGUUUUGUAUCAGGUCAAGGGUUGGGUUAGACAUGAGUAGCCGUUUAGGCACCCUCCUCAAUAUAGCCGUAGUUGGCUCUUCUGGGGUCACUUUACUGUUUGUGCUCCAGUGAAGUGGGAUGAAGUAUGCUGGAGAUAGUUCCCCUGAACAGUGAUGUUUAUCUAAGCC